CUUUUUUUUCUUCUAGCAUUUCUUUUCUUUCUUUUUUUUCUUUUUUCUUUUCUUUACGUAUAUAUUGAAACUCUAAACAAGAGAAAGUUGAGACAUGAGCGCUCUACAUAUAUUUCCGGGAGAAUUCUCGACGUUCACCAUUGCUAUUGCUAUCUUAAGUGGCUUUAUCCUGUUUUUCGGUUAUGUGUCCAUGUUUCUCAAGGAGCGAUGUUUUUUAUCUGAAGCUUUUGUUGCACUGAUCGUAGGCAUUAUUGCAGGUCCACUUGUGUCAAAUGGUUUCAACCCUAAUAGUUGGGAAGAUAGUGAUGAGAUCACUAAAGAAUUGACAAGGUGUAUUCUUGCCAUCCAAGUGAUGGCUGUAGGCAUUGAACUUCCAAAACACUAUAUGAAAAAAGAAUGGCUUACUAUGUUUAUGUUGUUGAUUCCUAUUAUGGUUUUCAUGUGGUUGGUCAGUGGUUUGUUUAUUUGGUGGUUAGUUCCACCAAUUAACUAUCUUGAUGCUCUUGUCAUUGCUGCUUGUGUUUGUCCUACUGAUCCAAUUUUGGCCAAUUCUGUUGUGAAAGGCCGAUUCGCCGAGAAGCAUGUACCAGCUCACAUCCGAAAUGCAUUGUCUGCAGAAAGUGGUGCCAAUGACGGUAUGGGCUUCCCUUUCCUCUUUUUAGCUUUAUUUUUGCUCAGUGAAAACAAUGUCGGCACAGCCAUUGGUAAAUGGAUUUACCUUACACUUUUGUUUCAGAUUGUUCUCUCUUGUGUGAUUGGACUAAUUGUUGGUUAUAUUGCUCGAAAGAUUUUGCAAUGGUCCGAAAAGAACCAUUUGAUUGAUAAACCAUCCUUCUUAUGUUUCGCCAUUGCAUUAGCUUUGUUUUUGAUGAGCAUGACUGGUUUCUCAGGCAGUGACGACUUGUUGGCUUGUUUUGUUGCUGGUAAUGCUUUCUCAUGGGAUGACUGGUUUAGACAAGAAACAGAAGAAGCUCACUUUCAAGAAGUAAUUGAUAUGAUGUUGAACUUGGCUGUGUUUGUCUAUAUUGGUGCUAUUAUUCCUUGGUCUGAUUUUGGAAAUGCUGAACUUGGUCUCACACCAUGGCGUCUAGUUGUGAUUGCUAUCUUGAUCUUGCUCUUUAGACGCCUACCCAUCUUGAUUAUUUUGAAACCAGUCAUGCCAGCCAUGAAAACAUAUCGUGAAGCCAUCUUUAGUGGUUGGUUUGGUCCUAUGGGUGUAGGUGCCGUCUUUUUGUCCAUGAUUGCCAAAGAAGAGUUGAUUGAAAUCUAUGCUGAAGAAACAGAAAAACCUCUGACGAUUCAACUCGUGAGUCCAGUUGUUCUGUUUAUCGUUUUGUCAUCGACCCUGGUUCACGGUACAACGAUUCCAUUGUUUAAGAUCGGUAAGCGUAUUCGUACCCGUACUUUAUCCAUUGCUAGUACAGGAAGUGGUCAAGUACGCCGAUUGCCUAAACUUCAAUUUGGUCAACAACUCAACUUGCGCAAGUCGGAAGAUGAGCGUGCUAAUCAACCUGAAUAUUCUGAAGCCAUGGCUCAAUUGAAACGUAACACACUCGCUAAUACGAUCCAUAACGAUCCCUUUCAACAAGACGAUACAAGCAUGCGUAACGCAACUGCGAAUAAUUCUACACCUACCUAUACGAUUGAUAUGCACGAUGACGACGAUGAUGGACUUAAAGAAGAAGACUUUUUGCCUGACGAGUCAGACGAGACAGAAGUUGGCUAUGACGAUACGAAGCUAGCUCAAAAACAGAACCAACAUCUUCAAGUGCAUAAUGCUCCUACCACUGAAUCUCAAAGUAUACGUUUCUUGGAACCCUUGAAGCCUAGAACUGGAAGCAAUCAACAAAACAUAGAAAAGAAUGAAGCCAGUGUUUCUAGUCUUAGAAGUUGGAUGCAUCGUAAUAAGAGCAAUGAACCACAAGAUACAUCCCACGAAGAGACAACAACAGGUGGUAAUGGUGGUAAUGCCCUUAGAAACCUUUUCCGCCGACACAAGGAUGAAUCUCCAGAAAAACCAACUGAAGAAAAACCAACUGAAGAAAAACUAACUGAAGAAAAACCAACUGGAGAAAAACCAUUAGAAGAAAUCAACCACCGUACUCAUGAAGCCUUAAGAAGAAUGUUCGCCCAUUUACCUCCAUUAUCUCAAGGCGAACACCAUCGAUCUACAGAAGAAGUCAUUAGUCUUGGCGCCAAACUCAAUCCACGCAUUGAAGUAUGGGAAGAACCUAACCAUGUUGUGAUUGAAGAUAAGCAAGGUGCCGCUUCUCAAGUUGUUAUUGAUAAAUCACAUAACAAUUGGGAAGAGUCAGUGAAGCAAGCAGUAAGAGAUCUUCAAAGUAAGAUUGAUAGUGAAGCACCCGUGUCAUAAUUAUUCCUGUUCUUUUCUUCUUUAUAUAUUUGUUUUAUUCCCCCUUCUUUUUUUUGUACUUAUUCUUGCUCUUUACUAGUACUAUUUAUUACAGCACCAAAGAAUAAAGUUAUCUUUAUAUAUAUUUGUAA